AGCACUGUAAAACGACUACAAGUCCCAUGAAAACCCGUGGGAGUCGUUCGGACGUCUGACGAAUAGAGGUGACCCUUCAGUCUAGUCCGACUCAGAGUAGGCAGGAAAGGCACAGCUUAGCUACAGCAAAUUCGUCCUUUAGCAGAAAUGGCUGAACCAAUCCGUGUUCUGGUAACUGGUGCUGCCGGCCAGAUUGCCUAUUCCCUGCUGUACAGCAUCGCCAAGGGAGAUGUGUUUGGGAAGGACCAGCCAAUUAUCCUGAUCCUGCUGGACAUCCCCCCGAUGCUGCCAGUGCUGGACGGAGUCGUCAUGGAGUUGCAGGACUGCGCCCUCCCCCUGCUGAGGGAGGUCAUCCCAACUGACAAGGUGGAGGUGGGCUUCAAGGACCUUGAUGCAGCCAUCCUGGUGGGCUCCAUGCCCAGGAAGGAGGGGAUGGAGAGGAAGGACCUGCUCAAAGCUAAUGUAGCCAUCUUCAAGACACAGGGAGCUGCCCUGGACAAGUACGCCAAGAAGACCGUGAAGGUUCUAGUGGUUGGAAACCCAGCAAACACCAACUGUCUGAUUGCCUCCAAGUCAGCUCCAUCAAUCCCCAAGGAGAACUUCUCCUGCCUGACUCGACUGGACCACAACAGAGCCUGCUCCCAGGUGGCGAUGCGCUGCAGCGUCUCCGCCGACAACGUGAAGAACGUCAUCAUCUGGGGAAACCACUCCUCCACUCAGUAUCCUGAUGUCCACCACGCUAAAGUAAACCUCCACGGCUCCGAGGUGGCCGCCUACGAAGCUGUGAAGGACGACAACUGGCUCCGAGGAGACUUCAUCUCUACGGUGCAGCAGCGAGGAGCUGCCGUCAUUAAGGCCAGGAAGCUGUCCAGCGCCAUGUCUGCUGCCAAGGCCAUCUGUGACCACAUGAGGGACAUCUGGUUUGGCACCAAGGAGGGCGAGUUCCUCUCCAUGGGUGUGUAUGCUGCUGGAAACUCCUACGGCAUCCCAGACGACCUCAUUUACUCCUUCCCUGUUCAGAUUAAGAACAAGACCUGGAAAAUAGUGGAUGGGCUUCCCAUCAACGACUUUUCCCGAGCUAAAAUGGAUGCCACCGCGUCGGAGCUGGUGGAGGAGAGAGAUACCGCCCUGGACUUCCUGUCCCAGUGACUAGAGUCACCUGCAGGUCAGCAGCAGCCUGCAGAUCUUCCAAAGGCCUGCUGCUCUCGGCUCUGAACAUGACGCCCUUCGUUAAUGUAAACCUUGUGUAUGUGUGUGUGUGUGUGUGUGUGUGUCGCUAGGCCACUGUUUCAGCUUUACUGAAACCUGCUGUAACCUCUACAUCCUGGCCUCUUCUAUCUGCAGAGGAAAGCUGUAACAGAACAUCUCCAUAGUAAAAAAAACAGCCCGA